AUGAGGAGGAACCUCCUGAAGGUGAAGCACGAGAGGGGACUCACCAGCUGCCAUCAUGGUCGCCCUGUCACUCAAGAUCAGCAUUGGCAAUGUGGUGAAGACGAUGCAGUUCGAGCCCUCCACCAUGGUGUACGACGCUUGCCGGAUCAUCCGAGAGCGAGUGCCCGAGGCACAGAUGGGCCGGCCCAAUGAUUUUGGCCUCUUCCUGUCGGACGAAGACCCGAAGAAGGGGAUUUGGCUGGAGGCCGGGAAGGCGCUGGACUACUACAUGCUCCGCAAUGGGGACACCAUGGAAUACAAGAAGAAGCAGCGGCCGCUGAAGAUCCGCAUGCUGGAUGGGACGGUCAAGACGGUCAUGGUGGAUGACUCCAAGACUGUGACGGAUAUGCUCAUGACCAUUUGUGCCAGAAUUGGCAUCACCAACUAUGAUGAGUACUCUCUGGUGCGGGAGAUGGCAGAGGAGAAGAAGGAGGAGCAGAUGGGGACCCUCAAGAAGGACAAGACCCUCCUGCGCGACGAGAAGAAGAUGGAGAAGCUGAAGCAGAAGUUGCACACUGAUGAUGAGCUCAACUGGCUGGAUCAUGGCCGCACGCUGAGGGAACAGGGCAUUGACGACAGUGAGACGCUCCUCCUCCGACGCAAGUUCUUCUACUCUGACCAAAACGUGGAUUCACGGGACCCUGUGCAGCUCAACCUCCUCUACGUCCAGGCCCGCGAUGACAUCCUGAAUGGCUCCCACCCCGUUUCCUUCGACAAGGCCUGUGAGUUUGCUGGAUACCAGUGCCAGGUCCAGUUCGGGUCCCACAACGAACAGAAGCACAAGCCAGGAUUCCUGGACCUGAAGGACUUUCUGCCCAAGGAGUACAUCAAACAGAAGGGUGAGCGCAAGAUUUUCAUGGCUCACAAGAACUGCGGCAACAUGAGUGAGAUAGAGGCCAAGGUUCGUUAUGUGAAGCUUGCCCGCUCCCUCAAGACAUACGGGGUCUCCUUCUUUUUGGUCAAGGAGAAAAUGAAAGGCAAGAACAAGCUGGUCCCGCGGCUUCUGGGCAUCACCAAGGAAUGCGUCAUGCGGGUGGACGAGAAGACCAAGGAGGUCAUUCAGGAGUGGAGCCUCACCAACAUCAAGCGCUGGGCCGCUUCGCCCAAGAGCUUCACCCUGGAUUUUGGGGACUACCAGGAUGGCUACUACUCGGUGCAGACCACCGAAGGGGAGCAGAUCGCCCAGUUGAUUGCCGGCUACAUUGACAUCAUCCUGAAGAAGAAAAAGAGCAAAGAUCACUUUGGCCUGGAGGGCGACGAGGAAUCCACUAUGCUAGAGGACUCUGUCUCCCCAAAAAAGUCAACAGUCCUGCAACAGCAAUUCAACCAGAUGAACAAGGCUGAGCAUGGGUCAGUGGCCCUCCCGGCCAUCAUCCGCCCAGGAACCGGGGGCCCUGAGAACUUCCAGAUGGGCACAAUGCCCCAGGCCCAGCAACAAGUCACAAGUGGCCAGAUGCACCGUGGGCACAUGCCCCCUCUGACGUCGGCACAGCAGGCCCUGACUGGCACCAUCAACUCCAGCAUGCAGGCUGUGCAUGCAGCCCAGUCCAACCUGGAUGACUUUGAGACGCUACCCCCACUGGGACAGGAUGCGGCCUCCAAGGCCUGGCGCAAGAACAAAAUGGAUGAGUCCAAGCACGAGAUCCACUCCCAAGUGGACGCCAUCACGGCCGGGACAGCCUCCGUGGUGAACUUGACUGCUGGGGACCCCGCGGAGACUGAUUACACGGCUGUCGGCUGCGCGGUGACAACCAUCUCCUCCAACCUGACCGAAAUGUCAAAGGGGGUCAAGCUGCUGGCCGCCCUGAUGGAGGACGAGGGGGGCAACGGGCGGCAGCUCCUGCAGGCGGCCAAGAACCUGGCUGGAGCCGUCUCGGAGCUCCUGAAAACAGCCCAGCCUUCCAGUGCUGAGCCUCGGCAGAACCUGCUGCAAGCAGCGGGGGCAGUGGGGCAGACUAGUGGGGAGUUGCUCCAGCAGAUCGGGGAGAGUGACACGGACCCCCAUUUCCAGAUGGUGGAGAACCGGCGCCUUCAGACUCUGUCCACUCCUGACCCAAAGACGGACAUGCUGAUGCAGCUGGCCAAAGCAGUGGCCAGCGCUGCCGCCGCCUUGGUCCUGAAGGCGAAGAACGUAGCCCAGAAGACAGAGGACUCAGCGCUGCAGACUCAGGUGAUUGCGGCGGCCACCCAGUGCGCCCUCUCCACCUCCCAGCUGGUGGCCUGCACCAAGGUGGUAGCUCCCACCAUCAGCUCUCCCGUCUGCCAGGAGCAGCUGGUGGAGGCUGGGAAGCUCGUGGCCAAGUCCGUGGAAGGCUGUGUGGACGCCUCCCAUGCAGCCACCACCGAUGACCAGCUCCUGAAGCAAGUGGGGGUGGCUGCCACGGCCGUGACGCAGGCCCUCAAUGACCUGCUGGAGCACAUAAAGCAGCACGCCACAGGCGGGCAGCCGAUCGGGCGCUAUGACCAGGCCACCGACACCAUCCUCAACGUCACAGAGAACAUUUUUAGCUCCAUGGGGGACGCGGGGGAGAUGGUCCGUCAGGCCCGGAUCUUGGCCCAGGCGACCUCCGACCUGGUGAACGCCAUCAAGGCUGAUGCUGAGGGAGAGACGGACCUGGAGAACUCGCGCAAGCUGCUCAGUGCGGCCAAGAUUCUGGCAGAUGCCACGGCCAAGAUGGUGGAGGCGGCCAAGGGGGCUGCGGCCCACCCAGACAGUGAGGAACAGCAGCAGAGGCUGCGGGAGGCGGCUGAGGGGCUCCGGAUGGCCACCAAUGCCGCGGCCCAGAAUGCCAUCAAGAAGAAGCUGGUCCACAGACUGGAGCAUGCAGCCAAAUUGGCCGCUGCAGCCGCCACUCAGACCAUUGCUGCUGCCCAGCAUGCCGCCACGACCAACAAGAACCCAUCUGCCCAUCAGCAGCUGGCGCAGAGCUGCAAAGUUGUGGCUGAGCAGAUCCCGAUGCUGGUGCAAGGCGUGCGUGGCAGCCAGGCCCAGCCAGACAGCCCCAGCGCCCAGCUCUCCCUCAUCGCCGCCAGCCAGAAUUUUUUGCAGCCUGGCGGAAAGAUGGUGGCAGCUGCCAAGGCCACCGUGCCCACCAUUGCAGACCAAGCGUCCGCUAUGCAGCUCAGCCAGUGCGCCAAGAACCUGGCUGGGGCGCUAGCCGAGCUGCGCACUGCGGCUCAAAAGGCACAGGAAGCCUGUGGCCCCCUAGAGAUCAAUUCGGCCCUCAGCCUGGUGCAGAGCCUGGAAAGAGACCUUCAGGAAGCAAAGACAGCCUCCCGGGAGGGCAAGCUGAAGCCCCUUCCAGGGGAGACGAUGGAGAAAUGUGCCCAGGAUCUGGGAAACAGCACCAAAGCUGUCAGCUCUGCCAUUGCCCAGCUGCUGGGGGAGGUGGCCCAGGGCAACGAGAACUACACAGGGAUCGCGGCCCGGGACGUAGCGCAUGCACUGCGCUCCCUCAGCCAGGCGGCGCGGGGCGUGGCAGCGAACACGGAUGACCCCUUGGUACAGGCAGCCAUGCUGGACUGCGCCGGUGACGUCAUGGACAAGGCCGGCAACCUGAUCGAAGAGGCCCGCAAGGCAGUGGCCAAACCAGGAGACCCAGAGAGCCAGCAGCGCUUGGCACAGGUGGCCAAGGCCGUCUCACAGGCCCUCAACCGUUGUGUGAACUGCUUGCCUGGGCAGCGGGAUGUGGAUGCCGCCAUUCGCACCAUUGGCGAGGCCAGCAAGAGACUCCUGGCAGAUUCAUUCCCACCGAGCGCCAAAAACUUCCAGGAGGCUCAGAGCCAGCUGAACCAAGCGGCAGCCGGCCUCAACCAGUCCGCCAACGAGCUGGUGCAGGCCUCACGGGGCACGGCCCAGGACCUGGGCAAGGCCUCGGGCAAGUUCGGCCAGGACUUCAAUGAGUUUCUGCAGGCCGGCGUGGAGAUGGCCGGCCAGUCUCCAUCCAAGGAGGCCCAGGCCCAGGUGGUGUCCAACCUGAAGAGCAUCUCCAUGUCAUCCAGCAAGCUGCUGCUGGCCGCCAAGGCCCUCUCGGCCGACCCUGCUGCGCCCAACCUCAAGAACCAGUUGGCAGCCGCUGCCCGCGCUGUGACGGACAGCAUCAACCAGCUGAUCACCAUGUGCACCCAGCAAGCGCCAGGCCAGAAGGAGUGCGACAAUGCCCUGAGGGAGCUGGAGACUGUCCGAGAACUCCUGGAGAAUCCCACCCAGGCGGUCAAUGACAUGUCCUACUUCAACUGUCUGGAUAGCGUUAUGGAGAACUCCAAGGUCCUGGGGGAGGCAAUGGCAGGCAUUUCCCAGAAUGCCAAGAACAGCAAGCUGCCCGAGUUUGGCGAGUCCAUCAGCACCGCCUCCAAGGCCCUCUGCGGUUUCACUGAAGCCGCUGCUCAGGCAGCCUACCUGGUUGGCGUCUCCGAUCCAAACAGCCAGGCCGGGCAGCAAGGCCUAGUGGACCCCACCCAGUUUGCCCGAGCCAACCAAGCCAUCCAGAUGGCCUGCCAGAACCUGAUUGACCCGGCUUGCACCCAAUCCCAGGUCCUGUCGGCAGCCACCAUUGUGGCCAAGCACACAUCUGCCCUUUGCAACACCUGCCGCCUGGCCUCCUCCCGCACGGCCAACCCUGUGGCCAAGCGCCAGUUUGUCCAGUCGGCCAAGGAGGUGGCCAACAGUACUGCCAACCUCGUCAAGACCAUCAAGGCCCUGGACGGUGCGUUCACCCCAGAGAACCGGGAGCGCUGCCGCGAAGCCACCGCCCCCCUGAUCGAGGCUGUGGACAACCUCAGCGCCUUUGCCGCCAACCCUGAGUUUGCCACUGUUCCGGCUCAGAUCAGCCCAGAGGGCCGCCGAGCCAUGGAGCCCAUCGUCUCCUCGGCCAAAACCAUGCUGGAAAGCUCUGCUGGCCUCAUCCAGACAGCACGCUCGCUGGCCGUCAACCCAAAGGACCCCCCCAAAUGGUCUGUCCUGGCUGGACACUCCCGGACUGUUUCGGACUCCAUCAAGAAGCUCAUCACCAACAUGAGGGACAAGGCGCCUGGGCAGCGGGAAUGUGACGAGGCCAUUGAGCAAGUGACCAAGAGCAUCCGGGACGUGGACCAGGCCUCUCUGGCUGCCAUUAGCCAGCAGUUGGCCCCUCGCGAGGGCAUCUCCCAGGAGGCCUUGCACAACCAGAUGCUGACGGCUGUCCAGGAGAUCAGCAACCUCAUUGAGCCAGUGGCUGGAGCCGCACGGUCCGAAGCCUCCCAGCUUGGACACAAGGUGUCGCAGCUGGCUCAGUACUUUGAGCCGCUGGUGUUGGCGUCCGUGGGUGCAGCCUCCAAGAUGCUCAACCAUCAGCAGCAGAUGAACCUCCUGGACCAGACCAAGACGUUGGCCGAGUCGGCUCUUCAGAUGCUCUACACAGCCAAGGAGGCCGGCGGCAACCCUAAGCAAGCACCUCACACCCAGGAGGCCCUCGAUGAAGCUGUGCAGAUGAUGAAGGAGGCUGUGGAGGACCUCACCGCCACCCUGAACGAGGCUGCCAGCGCCGCAGGUGUAGUGGGCGGCAUGGUGGACUCCAUCACCCAAGCCAUCAACCAGCUGGACGAGGGCCCCGUGGGAGAACCAGAGGGGACCUUUGUGGACUAUCAGACCACCAUGGUGAAGACGGCCAAAGCCAUUGCUGUGACUGUCCAAGAGAUGGUCACUAAAUCUACCACCAACCCAGACGAACUGGGCACGCUGGCCAACCAGCUUACGAGCGACUAUGGGCAGCUGGCCCAACAGGCCAAGCCAGCAGCCAUGACCGCCGAAAAUGAGGAAAUUGGCUCCCACAUCAAGAACCGGGUUCAGGAACUGGGACACGGCUGCGCUGCCCUGGUGACCAAAGCUGGCGCCCUCCAGUGCAGCCCCAGCGAUGCCUACACCAAGAAGGAGCUGAUUGAGUGUGCGCGCAGGGUCUCUGAAAAGGUGUCUCAUGUGUUGGCAGCCCUGCAGGCUGGCAACCGGGGCACCCAAGCCUGCAUCACCGCUGCCAGUGCUGUCUCUGGCAUCAUUGCUGACCUGGAUACCACCAUCAUGUUUGCCACGGCUGGCACCCUCAACCGGGAGAACGCUGAGACUUUUGCUGACCACAGGGAGGGCAUCCUGAAGACGGCAAAGGCACUGGUGGAGGACACCAAGGUGCUGGUCCAGAAUGCCACUGCCAGCCAGGAGAAGCUGGCCCAAGCGGCCCAGUCCUCUGUUGCCACCAUCACACGCCUAGCGGAGGUGGUGAAGCUUGGCGCUGCCAGUUUGGGUUCAGAAGACCCAGAGACUCAGGUGGUCUUGAUCAAUGCCGUGAAGGAUGUGGCCAAGGCGCUGGGGGAUCUGAUCAGCGCCACAAAGGCAGCAGCUGGCAAGUCUGGGGAUGACCCAGCUGUCUACCAGCUGAAGAACUCCGCAAAGGUGAUGGUCACCAAUGUCACCUCGCUGUUGAAGACGGUCAAGGCCGUGGAGGACGAGGCCACCAAGGGGACACGCGCGCUAGAGGCCACCAUCGAACACAUCCGCCAGGAGCUCACUGUCUUUUGCUCCCAGGUGCCUCCGGCCAAGACAUCAACGCCCGAGGACUUCAUUCGCAUGACCAAGGGCAUCACCAUGGCGACUGCCAAGGCGGUAGCGGCUGGCAACUCGUGCCGGCAGGAGGAUGUGAUUGCCACUGCCAACCUCAGCCGCCGCGCCAUCGCCGACAUGCUGCGCUCUUGCAAGGAGGCUGCCUACCAUCCAGACGUGAGCGGGGAGGUGCGCCACCGGGCCCUGCGGUUUGGCCAGGAGUGUGCCAGCGGCUAUCUACAGCUUUUGGAGCAUGUGCUGGUGGUCCUACAGAAGCCGAGUCAUGACUUGAAGCAGCGUGGCUGGGCUACUCCAAGCAGUGGCUGGUCUGUCACGGAGUCAUCCAGCCGCCGAAGCCAUGAAAGGGGGUCCAGUGGGAAGCGGGAGCCCCACUGCUGCCGGGCCACCAUCAUCCCUGCUCUUGACUAA